UACUGUUUAAUAAAUCUUAUCAAGCUGACCCUAGUUUUAUGGGAAAAAUAUCUCUCAAACAAUCAUCUGCGACUUAAUAAACCCACGAAUAUAUAAGAAAUGGCACUGUGUAGUAAACACUUCAUGCUAAAAAACAUGUGGAGUAACAUGUUGUUUCACGGUUUUCGACGAUGGUAUAGUCAAUAUACAACAAGUAAAAAUUGCAAACUAGGAAUUCUUGGAAUUCCGUGUGAAUCCGGCCAAGAUAAAUUAGGUCCAGGUCAAGGACCUGCGGCAUUUCGAAAAGCGGGACUGGUAAACAAGUUGAAAACCUUUGGUAACAUUGAUGUGAAGGAUUAUGGCGACGUCAAUAUAUCAAGUGUGCAACACGUGUCAAAUAUCACCAACUGCAAACAAUUUGAAUCCUGCAUACAAACGGCAAAGGCUACGUCCAAAACUAUCCUUGAUAUUUUGAGCGAAGGUAAAGUAUGUUGCACCCUUGGUGGAGACCAUUUCAUUGCAUUGGGGACAGUACAUGGUCACAUGCUCGCUUUCAACAACGUAGCAUUGCUGUGGAUUGAUGCGCAUGCUGACAUAAACAUCAACACCACAUCUAAUUCAGGAAAUAUGCAUGGUAUGCCAGUUUCUCUGCUGACAACUGAAACAAGAAAAUAUUGGCCCAAACUUCCAGCACUCGAAUGGUUGCAAAAAUCGAUACCAGCUAAGAACCUUGCUUAUAUCGGACUUAGAAGCGUGGACAUCUAUGAGCGACUAAUCAUUGACAAGCUGGGAAUUACUGCGUUCGGAAUUAGUGAUGUUGAAAAGUACGGAAUCGAUACUGUUGUCACAAUGGCGUUGAAUCAAAUAAACCCGCGAGGUGAGCGAUCGUUGCAUGUGAGUUUUGAUAUUGAUUCAUUGGAACCCAUGGAGGCACCAAGUACUGGAACGCCUGUAAGAGGCGGGUUGUCCCUGCGAGAAGGUAUUCAUAUCAUGGAGACUGUCAACGAGCACGGAUGUUUAAGGGUAUUAGAUGUAGUAGAAGUAAAUCCACUGAUUGGAAAAAAGGAAGACGUCGAACGCACAGUGGAAGCUGCAAUUGAAAUUAUUAAAGCUGCAUUCAUAGGAAAAAGAGAAGGUGUAAGAGACGAAACAAUAUUAAAAAUACCUACUGUUUGAACAAUCUACCAAAUAUUACUUUAAAAUAAUAAAAAGAAACAGCACACAAUUACA